AGACUACUGCUACUGCUUCAUGAAAUUCCAUUUCUCCAUGUCAUGCAAUCAUUUACUAUAUUCGUUAGUGUUUUGUGAGGACAUAUGACUAACUUUGCUCCUACUUUUCAUAGUGGCUGACAUACUGUUGUGGAAGCACCGAAGUGUUUCUUUUGGCAUCAUUGUUGUUGCAACAGUUGCUUGGUUAGCAUUUGAGUACUCUGGAUUACCAUUCUUAUUGAUUUGUUCAGACAUCUUGCUGAUUUUAAUCGUAUUAUUGUUUAUCCAUGCCAACUAUGCUGCUUUUAGAGAUAGGUAUGUCGUCUAAUAUUACCCCCAACAGAUGUUACUUUUUGUCUUGAUUGUGGAUUAUUAUUAUUAUUUUUCUUCAUUUCUGUUUUUUACUUAAGCAGACAAUUAAGACCAUUACCAGAGCUUGAAUUGUCGGAGGAGAUGGUUAAUAAUGCUGCAGCAUCAUUUCGUGUUAAAAUCAAUAACGUGCUGCUUAUGGCUCAUGAUAUUACUCUUGGAAAAGAUUUUAGACUUUUUUUCAAGGUCGUGGUUUGUCUGUGGCUCUUGUCUGCGAUUGGUAGCUACUAUUCUUUCUUCACACUUGCCUACAUAGGAACCAUCGUAUCCAUUACAGUUCCAGCCUUGUACAGCAAAUAUGAGGAGCACGUGGAUAAAUAUUGUGGGCUGAUCCACCAAAAAUUAUCCCAGCACUACAAGAUCGUGGAUGAGAGUGUUAUUAGUAGAAUCCCACGGAGUUUAUCAGACAUCAAAGAUGAUUAAUGAGUAUAGUACUCCAUUCUGAUAUCAUCUUGUUGUUUCACCUUCAACUUGUCUCAGGGCCAUGAACCAUUGCUCCAUUGCAGAUGGGCUAUCUACUCUAGAAGUGUUGCUUUGUCAUCAGGACGGAGAGCAAAUAAACUUGCGCUUGCGGAUGCUCAAAUUUGAUGUUUGGCUUAUCAAGUCUUCUAUUCUGUUCUUAAUUCUUGAAGAUCCUUGGUGGUUUAAACUAAGUACAUAAAAUUUACUAGUUGGAGAGAGGAAUGAUGCAAGAUGAUCCAGUAGAAGGAACGAAAUUGCUUGAGGAAUCAUGUAACACACUAACAUGAUGUUCCCUCACUGGAUUUUUGGAUGUCAAAUAAUAUAAGAGAAAUAACUAG